AUGCCAACCUUCAAGCUGGCGAAAUUCAACCCCAUGAAAUGGUUUCCGAGGAGGAAAGCGCGGCGGUCCCUCGAGGUGCAGGAAAUCCCUAAAGGCUUAGCACGAUAUGGAACCCCGCAGGCAUCACCUCGAUCCGCAGAAGUAAUAGCGCAACUCCCCGGCCCAAUACUGGAGCGCAUUUUCUCCCUCGUUUGCCCGCAUGCUCAGGAUGAGACCUACGACAGCUGUGAACAGUCUGCCGUCGAGGAUACCUGCAUGUUAUGCGAUCUAAGGGAUCUAUCUCACUGCGCGCAAGUCUCGAGGUGGUGGAGGAAGCAAGCUACGAACGUCCUAUACCAUAGCAUACGUCUAGAUGUUGUUCAUUACUGCGAGCUCGAAGAUGUCCUUGCAGAGAAGCGCAAGCAUCGCUCUCGAUUAAACCGCAAUGCCGAACCCGAAGAUACAGCCCAGGCGCGACUUCGACUGCUAUGCAGAACACUCCGGGAGGACAUGGGUGGAUUCGCGCUGAGGGUUCAGUAUUUCAAGACGCCGUAUAUGCAACGAGAGACUUCUAAGCCAGAUCUUGCGCGGACAGCGGCAGUAUGCCCAAAUCUACGCUACAUGGAUCUCCCCGAGGGGUUCUUUAUGGAUGACCCAUCCUGUAAUACUUUGAAGCAAGAGGUUAUUGGAAGAUGCCCAGAUAUGAGGAAGAUGACAUAUAUGGGUGGAUCAGAACGCAGUCUAGAAUUGCUGGCUGGUGGUAACCUCUGGCGGAAUUUGGAGGUAUUGGAACUCUCAGGAUUGAAUAUGGAUCCUACGAUAUUACGACACGCUCUGGGGUCCUUACCACAGCUACGUGCUCUGAAGGUCACGAAUAUGAUGCUAUUUACGGACCAGCUGUUUCAACAUAGCGAAUAUCUCCCUCCGUUCCCUCCUCUCACCGAACUUAUAUUCGAGAAGACUCCCAAUGUCACGGCCAACGGCUUGAUCACAUACCUCUUCCGCUCCGACGUCCAGAAUACGCUCAAGACUCUGUCUCUCACGGAAACAGGCGUCCAUCCGUCAACCCUACAGCAAGUUCUUACCACGGCUCCAAAACUCGACCAUCUCUCCAUAACAGAAAGCGUAACCUCCUCCAUUCCCAGCGGGACCCCAUCCUUAUUAUCCACCUCCCUCCUUACUUUGCACUACGAAAUAACCGACGCUCCGUCCUCCAACUCCUACGCAAGCACGAAAACAAGUUACUACAACUAUCUCACUUCCUCCCUUCUCUCUCACGGCCUACCCAACCUCCUCGAACUCUACGUCCGCGACCCUGAUUUCCCAGAAACCCUAGUGGACCUCGCGCCCCCACGAGCACCCUUCAGCACCGAUCCCGACAACUUCGCCCCCCAAAACCCCUUCCUCUCUCCUACCCAAUCACCCUCAAACCAUCGCUUCAGCUCCAACAAUCCAUUCGCGAAACUCCAGCAAAGCGGACAGGGCAUGCACCAAGACCUCGUAGUGUACAGCAAAGGCCUCGACGAAAUGGAGUGGAAUUUCUCGCGUGUGAAAACGGCUGCUGCGCGCGGUAGGAGGGGCAGUGCUUCGGCUCCCAGACCGGUGAGCAGUUAUGGAUUGAGCGAGAAUAUGGGGAAGAGUUGGGGCCACGGGGCGAGGAAGAGCGUUAUCGUAGGGAAUGGGUUUGGAGGGUUCUUGGCGGUGCCAGCGGAUGGGGAGGGGAGACCGAGUACUAGUGGUAGUGCGGGAGCGAGUAAGAGGGGUAGUCAGUAUGAUAUGUGGCGUUGA